AUGGCGCCAAUGAUACUAGAGCACACCAAGCGCAAAGCAAGCGAUCAGUUGGGAAGUGAAAGCCCAAGCAAGCGUGUCAAGAACUCCCAUUCCGAGACUAUCACACCAGAAGCCGAGGGGAAACCAAGAGUUGUCCCUUUUCCAGAGAAGCCCGCCGUCGCGGAGGAGCGCAAUGGCGAGAUCGAGUUCCGGGUUGUCAACAACGAUAAUAGCAGGGAAAGUCUCAUCAUUUUGACCGGUCUGAAAUGCAUCUUCCAAAAGCAGCUACCCAAGAUGCCAAAGGACUACAUAGCUCGACUAGUCUACGACCGUACCCAUCUCUCCAUAGCUAUUGUCAAGAAACCGCUCGAAGUUGUUGGAGGCAUUACAUAUCGACCAUUUAACGCCCGCGAGUUCGCCGAAAUAGUCUUCUGCGCCAUUUCUUCGGAUCAGCAGGUCAAGGGCUACGGCGCGCAUCUCAUGUCCCACCUGAAAGACUAUGUCAAGGCCACCUCACCCAUCAAACACUUCCUUACAUACGCGGACAACUACGCAAUAGGCUAUUUCAAGAAGCAGGGCUUCACCAAAGAAAUUACCCUCGAGAAACCGAUCUGGAUGGGAUACAUCAAAGAUUACGAAGGCGGCACCAUAAUGCAAUGCACUAUGGUCCCGCGUAUUCGCUACCUCGAAGUUGGUCGAAUGCUACUGAAGCAGAAAGAAGCAGUCGCUGCCAAAAUCCGUGCGUUUUCGAAAAGCCAUAUAGUUCACUCCCCGCCAAAGGAAUGGAAGAAUGGCCCCUGCAAGAUCGAUCCUAUGUCUAUUCCGGCGAUCAAAGCUUCUGGCUGGUCGCCUGACAUGGAUGAGCUCGCUCGCCAGCCACGCCACGGACCAAACUACAAUCAACUAUUGCAUUUGCUCAAUGAUAUGCAGAACCAUGGCUCCUCUUGGCCCUUCUCGCAGCCUGUCAACAGAGAUGAGGUCGCGGAUUACUACGAUGUAAUCAAGGAGCCUAUGGAUUUGAGCACGAUGGAACAGAAGCACGAGAAGGACUUAUACCCAACGCCAGAAGAUUUUAUCAAGGACGCGAAGCUCAUCUUCGACAAUUGUCGGAAGUACAACAACGAGACGACACCAUACGCGAAAAGCGCGAAUAAGCUGGAGAAAUUUAUGUGGAGCCAGAUCAAGCUGGUACCGGAAUGGUCGCAUUUGGCCGAGUAA